GUCACACUUCGGAGGCGCGCAGAGCUCGCAGACUGCCAGAACCCGCGUCCGGUCAACACACACAAAGACACGUACUUACACGGCGAGCUCAUCCCGACGAGAGGUUCCGGGCUGCCACCCCGCUGUUGCUUUCUCAGCAUCUCCAUGGACUUACAAACGCAUAUGGCGUGCCCUGAGAUAAUUCCGAAGCAACGAACGACACCGUACACUGCACAGGGUAUAUAUCACUCCGUCGACCCUCGUCGAUCCGCCAACAGCUAUGUCGUCCUCUCCGAAAACGCUCACAUACUUGCACGUCGACGGCCUCGACGUCAAGCUCGACCUCUAUGCCCCAGAUGCGACGGGCUCUGCCCCCAUCCUGAUCUGGUUCCACGGCGGCGCCCUGUUCUGCGGCUCUCGCGACGACGACAUGUUCCCCGCAUGGCUCCUCGAUGCCGCCCAUAAGCGCGGCUGGAUCUUCGUCUCCGCCGAUUACCGCCUUCUGGUACCCUGCACCGGACACGACGAGAUCGCCGACGUCCGCGCUCUCUCGUCCUUCCUCGCCUCGGACGCCUUCCGUGCCGCCCUCCCCGCGGGUCUCGCACCCUCCGGCGCAACCCUCAUCUCCGGCGGCUCCGCAGGCGGCUACGUGGCGAUCCAAUAUGCCCUGCACGCCUCGCCCAAGCCGGAAGCGGUGUUCAACCUCUUCGGCAUGAUCGACCUCCUGAACGACCAUUACCUGCACCCGCACCCGGAGGGCCUCCGCUUCUUCGGCGGCUUCUACGCUUCCUUCCCCGGGCUGGAGCAACUCCUCCGCGCGCCGCCGUCGUCGGGUUCGCCCGUGCGCGCGCCUACCUUCGUGUGCGCCGACGGGCGUGAGGUCUUGAUGUUGCACGGCAUCCAGGAGGGCACCAUCCCGGACCACCUCGUGGGCCGCCCGGGGUUCAGAAAGGACCGGCCGUUGUUCCCGCUGCUGCACGCGCGCGGGCUUCCGCCCGUGAUCACGGUGCACGGCACGGCGGACACGGCGGUCCCGCUCGGCGACAGCGAGAACCUCAAGAAGAUACUGGGCGAGGCUGGGGUUAGGAAUGAACUGAUCACGGUGCCGGAUGCGGAACACGUGCUGUUUAACAAGGAUGACUUCAGCGCGUUGGCGUCUGGGACGGAGGAGGCGUACGCGAGGGCGGUAGAGUUUCUUGCAGGCGCUUUGUAG